GCUAAUUGGGGACACUAUAUUAACAUCUCCUACUGGAGACGGGACCGCCAUUUUACGUGGUCAUUGGAGCCACGUCAAGGUCAAGCCAUUUGCAGGGUAAAGGUAGUACCUUUCAUUUCUCAGUCAUUUUAAGACCCUUAGUAUUGGUCCGACCCUGGGAAUUGAACCCAUGACCUCCCGCUCUGCAGUCAAGUGCUCUACCAACUGAGCUGAUCCUGCCGCGGUUAAAACAUUUUCGAACCUCUAAAAAACUUUGGCAAAUUUAUACAUAUGUACCAUUUUUGGAACCAACAGAAUAAGACCAGCAUUGAGAAAGUGGAAGCCAGGUAUGGGCUCACAAACAAAUUUUCAUCAAAAUGUGGUUAUUACCCGGACAUUUUAAUUUGUAGUUUUAUUACUUGGAACGUAUGUUAAAAGAAAUAAGUCCUUGAAAAGUCCUUUAAUUUUACAUGGAAAUAAGUGUACAAACCCUGUGUAACGUACUUGUACAUGUAUGCAUUGUUAGAAAGACAAAAUAAUUAUUGGCACAGAGACCUUUAUGAAUAAAUUGAGGCAAUAAUGGAUUGCAUUCUUUUCCUAAACAUUACUCUUCCUCUUGUACACAACAGCAAAUUUUUAUGUUUGCUUGUUUUCGUGUGAGUUUUUCCAUGUCUUCAAUUACAAAGCAAAUAAUUUGGUUAUUUGUUUGGGAUAGAUGCUUGAUAGAAAAUAAAGUUUGUUCCAAAAAUAUUUACCUAAUGAUGUUUUUUGUUUGAUUCUAAAAGCUAAAAGAAGUUCCUCUCAAUGAAUAUGAGUUACGGAAGGCAAUAAGACUUCAGAUACGACAAAUGAGAGUCAAGAAAGGUUGGUACAAUUUUUUUAUUGAUUAUAAUUUAUACUUUUAGAUUUUGUAUUUAAAGAAACCCCUAGUGACAAUGACUUCCCCAAGUGAUCCACUGCCAUAAUAUGUCUCCAUUCAAUGUUUGCUUUUUAGAAGGGGGAGAAUUUGACUAACAGUUUUAGAUUUGCUUAAUAGCAGGGCCCACAAAGCAAAACUGUCAAAGUGAAUAAUACAUCUGAGCUCAUGCAGAUGCAAGUCAGCACUGAGGUCUACAUGCCUCCAUGCCUCCAUGCUGACAUGUGUCUGUGAUUCAUCUGAGUGGCUCACCUAGUUCUGGUCUGCACUGCGCCUUCUUUCUUGGAGGUCUCUAGUUUCAUAAAUAUUUCUGUCUAUACAUGUUGCUGAUCAGUGAUGUAUUUUACAUAUAAAUGUGUUUAAACUGCAGCAACCCAAAAAAAAUCUCGAACAACACCCAAGUUCAAUGCUGAGGCCUCUGCACCUAAGGGAAUGAGGUUAGUAUGGGUGUUGAGUACAAUGGAUUAUUACGACUAAUGCAUUUCUUGUCUUGCAAACUUUUACGUUCACAGAGAAAAGGAAAGAAAGCAAAAAUGUAUCAGAUCUCGCAAAUGUGAAACAAACUAAACAGGAUAAUGAACCGGGAGAAGACCAGUUUCCUGGCAACAUGCCCUCUGGAGAUGAACCAUCUGAAAAAAUUGAAGCACAAGAUAAGACUUUGACAGGUACUGACAAUCAAAAUACUGACACGGUGGAAAGUGACUGUGAUGUAGAUGAUUCUUCAUCCACAAAAUCCAGCAUAACAUCAGAAAGCCCUUCUGAAUCAGAUAACCCUGGCAAGCCACCUCCUAGGCCGCCACGGCCAGUAAAGACAUCAAGCGCCAGCUCAGCAUCAGAGCUCACUGGAGACUUUAAAAGUAGAAUUCUCGGGAACCCUUCAGGACCUGCAUUGAGGGAUCUCUCUAAGAAAGGAAAACCGUCUAGCCCAGUGCAGGUAGAUUUCCGAAGUCAGCUGAAGAAGACUGGUUUGAGAGCUGAUAAGGACUUGACUGCACAAGGGAAAAAGCAGCAGCAAUUCCUAGGAGGAGACGUACGUGGAAAACUUAAGGCGACAGGUGCUGAUCCAUCAAGAAAUCUUUCAGCAGCAAGAGUUGUUGGUAAGAAACAAGAAGGCCCUGUAAGGGUUGACUUUAGAGGAAAUUUAAAACAAAGCGAAACCGUUGAUGGAAAAAAAGUACCACCUCCACGGCCCCCUCCAACAUACUUAACAAAAAAAGCUGAAGCCGCAAAGAGCCAAGCAACCAAAGACUCUACUUCUAAAGAAGAAGGCACACCUACUGGAAGUUCAGAAAGAAGAAUUUCCAGUUCAGACUUGUUUAACAUGCUACACAAACCAGUAGAGAGUUCGAAAGAAGGCUACCUCGUGCAACGGGGUCUUAAAAAGGCAGAGGGGUCAAAAACUGUAUCACAAAAGUUUGUCGCACCGACAGUAGAUGCUUCUAAGGAGGAUGACAAAUUUAAGGCAAGAAUGGCGCAAAGAAAAGAAAGAUCGGAGAAGCAUUUUCCUCCUGGAAAGGGUUCCAAAACUGACAGGAAGAUGUCCGCAGGCGUGGAAACCAAAGAUUUUCAAUCCAUUCUAAAAAAAGCUGGUGUACAACAGCCAAAAACUGUUGAUGAAAGCGCAGGUGCUGACUCAGAGAGACGGCCAAGUAAAGGGUAAGUUUUGCUAUUACUUGCAAUUUUUUUUUCAAUUUAUAUGUGUUGCGAUUCUUUUGUGCAUGAUGCUUAUGACUUCAACUUCAAUUUCUCUCCUAUUGAUUUCCUCUUUUCUUCCUUUAUCUAAUCUCUAGAGACCCUGUCUUCAAGUUUGUUUGGCAUCAAGACUUCUCUAUGCUUUUAUGUAUUAAUCUGUAGAAAUUUUGUGACUUUUCAAAACUGUAAAAAAUGCUGUAUCAAAACAGAAAUUUAGGGUCUUUUCUGUGUAGGCUACAAUGUCCUUAAAGAAACCAAAUUACAUGUAUUGAGCUGGAUCUAAGUAAAUUCUUCUGUGAAAUGGAUGAUUCAGAAACUUCCACACUUCAAGUUCAACUAAUCAUUAUACGUUUCUGGGAAACUGCCCACCUACCCCUUCCCUAAGCCAACAUUAACACUUACUUCUCACUUAGGGCAAAAUGUUGGCUUAGGGGAGGGGUAGGUGGGCUGUUUCCCAGAAAUGUAUAUUGAUCCUUCAUUCUAGAACUGUGAGACAAUGUCUUAGUGCAGUGAUAGAGACCAGAAAGCAAAGUCUCAGUUUUUUCAAUCUUGUCAGUCAACCUGGUUCCCAGGUUCUCUCUCCUACCCUCUCUCUUGCUCUGUAAGAACAGGCAGGAGAUGACCCUGGAGACAAGGUCAUCUUGUCAGUUCGAAAUAAAAGACUUUUUCAAGAGUAAAGAUUUGCCAAUUUUGGAAGGCUGACAACAUCUGUUGCAACAACAUUAAAUCAGUUAUAUUUCUUUCGCCUCUUAUGGUACAACCCUUUCAUAUUGAGAUGUAAAUUCUCAUUUUGCGCCAAUGCUUUGUCUCUGUUGAUGAAGUCUGUAAUUCUCAUAACCUCUUUAAUUGAGAAAUUUAGACAAUACCAGGAGAAAUUACAUACUGAGAUUUUAAAGGUUGCAGUCUUUUUUCACCUUUUGUGAUUUGGGAUAAUUACUGGUGAAGCAAAUUUGAUCUUUCUAACACAAAUCAUUUGCAUAGUUUCCUAUUUUAUGUUGCUUUGUGGUGACACGUUUAGACUAUAAAAUUGAGUGUUCAAUUAUGUAGCCAUUGAUAAGUGACUGUGAGAGAAAUAUUUCUAGAGCUCAAAUUAAAACAUCUGGCAAACUUUUUUUAGACACUUAAUGAGUGGAGAAGACAAACAUUUACCUAAUGAUUUAAAGCUUUAAAAUCAAUUAUAGGUUAACAGCACUAAUUGUGGUGUAAUAAUGAAUUUAUUGUGAAGGAAAAUGAGCAACAGCUGAAUAAAUAGAACAAAAAACCAAAACAGGUGUCUUGAGUGUUUAUUCAUACAUCGUACAUGCAUGCAGAUUUCAUUAAGAUAACACAAAAUGACACAAAAAAGAAACUAUUCCAGAAAUGUAAGAGAAAAUUAAACAGAAACUAUUCCAAACAUGUAAUGAAAAAUGAAGUAAAGACAAAUGAAAACUAUUCCAAAAAUGCUUCAUUAGUGAUCAAUCAAAACUGAAAUAUUAUUAUUAAGUGAUUUAGUGACUAAUUGACUCAAAGUCCAAACCUUCAAUUUAAAUGAUAACCUUUUGUUAAGAAAGGAAAAACUCGUGUUGAAACACACAGCACACCAUACGACCAUGUGUAAUAAUAAGGCUGCAAACUACAGCUUCAUCUAUUUUCUUGGGAAAAAAAUGUUAAACUUUCCAUAAAAUGUUUUGUGUCCUGUGAAGAACAGUCUGAAGAGAAGCUUUGUUAUGAUUCAUGACCUUUUGAUUGUUAUUGAAAAUUUUAAUGAGCGUCAGAGAUAAAAUCUUCUAUUUCAAACUGAUGUCUUUAAUAAUUUGUUUUAGUUUACUGUCUUGUCUGUUUUAUUUCUCUAUCUACAAUGGUCACUCUUUCCUUCAACCUUUCAUAUCUUUGCUUUGCUAACAGCCUAACCAAAGCAUUUAUAGUAUUUGUCAUGUUUUAUGUGAGUGUUUUAAUCAAAACAUGCUUAACAGGCAUUCUCAACUAUGUUGUCCAUUUCUGGAUGUUUUUGUAUCUAUUGUGUUUGAAUCUAUUUUGUAUCAAAGUCAAUUUUAACCCCAUACAUGUAACUCUUUGAAUUACUCUUAAGUAUUUAUAAAUAUCUUAACAACCCGUUAGAAAUUUCAGUUUAUUACACUAGGUUAUACCCUUCCACACAAAAAAAGAAAAUGAAUUAAAAAAUGCAAGUCAUCACUCACCUUCCUUAUUCAAGCAAAUGAGCCUACAGCUGUAUUGAAGAAAAUAAAAUUCUUCCACUAUUGAGAGAAAAUUAAUUAGCUCAAUAUACUACUGGGAUGGUUACACAGAUUAUGCAGUUUCCUUGAACUUAAUCUUUUCUAAAACGUCCUUUGUAUAUAAAAAGAGCAUACUCUUCCUGAAGUUUUUGAAAAACAGAUGUGAUGCAUGGAUUAUUUUGACCUUAUGAUACAAUAUUUUAGUAAUUUUUGCCAUUGACCAAUCCUUUUAGUUUUUGAAAAUGUUUGAUGGUUGAUAAUUGAUAUUUAUAUGCAGUCAGAACUGUUUUGUUUUGUCUAUGGCUCAUCCAGCUUCUCUUUUGCAACAGGAGUGAAAGAUUUUCUGUGGACAUUCAAGACAAAAAUGAACUUCACAAGUUACGUGCUGAUCUUCUGCGCGAAAAGGAACAGAAAGACAAGGGUGCUGUUACCAGGUCAACAGAGAAAAGCACUGAAGUUGAAGAAAUAGAUGGUGGAAAAGUGACCAAAGGAGUCACAAAAACCACUGAGGUUCACAAGCAAGAUGGGGUCACAACAACGGUGACUAAGACAACUAAAACAACAGAGAUCCAAGGAAGAGGUUAGUGGAUAUACUUACUUCAGUGGCACCCAUGCAAUGACAGUUUCCUCCUAAAUGCACUGAAAACUCCUUUAGGCUAUCCAGAGUAUUUUCAGAUCUCUAGAAAUGCAUUCCAAGGGGUGCUAUGAAAUUUGUCUGUUCGGUCGUCCUAAGGCAACUUGAGUCUCUUCGAAAUUACAAGGGCCUUGGUAUCGUUUUCCCGAAAAUUUUAGGUGCAAUUUUGAAUUUUACAAAAUUGAGAAUUUUUCUGAUUCCUCUCUCCAUCACAUUUUAGAAUCCAAAAAUUCUAGGUUUCCUUUUUCUUUGAAAAAUAGGCUAACUUAAGGACUGAAAUGCAAAAAACUUAAGAAAAUUGUAGGGAAGUUGUUAGAUAUGCUACGAAAAUUAUACAUGCAUGGAACGGUCAUCUAGAAAUUUUUAGCUCUCUCAAGCUAUAGAAAAUUCUAGGCAAUUCUUGCUUCUCUGGACAGAUAUUUAACAGAAAACAGUUGUUGGGUGCCUCUGUUACUUCUUUCCUUUGGGGCCCAGCAGUUACAUGUAAAUCUUUGAUUAAUUGCAAAAUGUUAGCACCAGGCAUUGACUUUGGACUCUGGUAAAACUGAUUUUUGGAUAGUGCUCAGCCUUGAUACUAAAGUACAUGUUAUGGGUCGAAAUAUAAUUCAGGUUAAGAUUAUUUGACCUAGGUUCAUUGAUUCUCAAUACUUCCCUUGUUCCCUAGCCCUAAUUCGUAAAUAAUUAGUGCUAGGAGUAGAGGGAAUUAAGAAUCAAUCUACUUCAGGUUAAAAAUUUCAACCUGAAAUUAAUUUUGACUUGUAACAUACACAUGUGCAUACUAUGAAAAAUGAUUUAAGGAUCCUUGGAGGUUUUGCCAGAAAAGGAAGAGAGGAGAGGGGAGAGAAAGUAACUGUUGAGGGAGGGGGGGGGGGGGGGGGGGGGGGAGGUAGUUAAACUCUUUAAUCCAAAAAAGAAACACAAAAUUAUGCCUUAAUUUACCAAUUUAGCAUCCACAAUUAAAGCCAGCGUAGUGUCUGAUUUGACAAACAUUUUUUGGACAGUCUUGCUUUUUUUGGCAGCAGUAGAAGCUAGUAUUAAAACAAAUUUGAUUAAAAUAUAAAAAAAUAAACAUAAAUUUUAUUUUUUUUAAUUAAUACAAAAUUCACAGAAAAGAAAAAAAGUAUAAUGGGUCGGGGGAGUAUAUAGAAAAAAGAAGAGGGAGAGGGGAGAGAAAAAAGAAAAGGUUUGGGGGGGGGGGGAGGGGGAGACGGGGAAGGGAGGUAGUUAAACUCUUUAAUCCAAAAAAGUAACACAAAAUUAUGCCUUAAUUUACCAAUUUAGCAUCCAGAAUUAAAGCCAGCGUAGUGUCUGACUUGCAAACAUUUUUUUGGACAGUUCUGCUUUUUUUGGCGGGAUAAGUUGACUGAACAAAGUAGCUUAAAUAGUUAGAAUAAAAGAAUUUAUUUGUCCUGAAAAGGUCCCAUGUACAUCGAUUUGAGCUGCAUUAUAUUAUUUCUUUGCCUCAACUUUCUUUGGGAAGUAUUGGUGUGCACAUGUAGUUACCAACAGAAGUGAUAGAGUAUAAUAUUAGUUUUGUGCUGUGAAGUACGUUUGCUUAGUUGCAGUUUGCAUUUGUUGUUAGAAUCCAAUAACAGGUGUCAGACUUAGCUUUACAUAAACCUCGUUGUAACUGAGUUUUGUUUGUUAGCUGUAAAUUACUGACAGUACAUAGCCCUUCUGAUAAUAUUGGCCACUAAAGAUAGGAAAUUGUCUUGAUAAACAAUAAUUUUAAAAUUAUUAUUCGGGUUUAGAAUUUGAAAGUUUUUUUUCAUUCUCUCAUAGAUGACCUAGGAUUAAUAGCAAAUUAAUUAUUUAUACCAUGUCCUCCUGUUGAGUUUAUCAUUUUCUUUUUGUGUUAUAAUUUUACUUCUUAAUGUUUUUUGUGGGGUUGAGAGCUUAAGAGUGUCGGAUUUUUAAGGAACUUUUGCCAGAAUUUUAAAAGCACAGCUGUUUCUGUUUUCAUUUUUUACCUCUUAAGUAAUUUCCAGUGCAAAAUCUCUUCAUAUAAGUUCAUAACAUUUUUUAGUGUUGAUUGGCAGUACCCUAGCACAUAAAUAUUUUACAUUUGUUUAACAGUGCUCCAGUGAGAAAUCAUGUUGAUAAUUAAUCAUGUUACAAUGUUCAUCAAAGACUAAAAAAAAUUCUUGACAAUUUUCUUUUGUUCUUUAAUCUUCUUUCUGUGCGGGUGAAUGAAUUAUUAAGUAAGUCUUUGCUGAGAGAAAAUAUCCCUGUAGAUAGAAAUGACUGUUUUCAGCUGAUGCUAGUUAACGAAUGUUGUCAGAACAUCUCUGUUUAGAGAAUUGGCACCUAUGUUCAUAAGGCAAACAUUUUCUUUGAAAAGAAAUUUGAGGCUUAUUUUUAACUGGGGUUGUAAUUCUUUUACUACAAAGUUCAUAAGCCCCUAGCCUGGUAAGUGAGUUACUUUGCUUUAAAGCCUUACAUAUUUUGUGUUACCUUGAGGAUAAUAUGACUUGAUAAUGCUUUCAAGAUUAUUUUAUUUUUCUGGAGAUUUUAAUCAAAAUUGUUUGAAUUUGAUAUCAUAAUAAUUUUAAGAAGUUCCCUUUUAGGAGAAUCCCUCCCAAAGCUAUAUAUCUUGCAGUCAAUUUAUUUACACAUGAGAUUGCUUACCUACUAACUUUUAACCAUACCCCAUGUAGUAAUUUCAAAGAUUGCCUACAGUGCCAUACUGGUGAAAUUUAUUUUUUUCUUCAGAAGGUUAUAUACUUUAAGUAGGUUUCAUUUAUUACAUGUAUGUGGGCAAUACAAUUUCGCUGCUCAGACUAAAGAAACACAAUGUGUUAUGGUAUAUGGUAGACUUUUUGAACUAGUUAUUAAUUUUUCAAGUACAUGUAACUAUGGUUUUUUCCCUUGGAUAGUGAAGGUGUUAAUGAAGAGUUAGUUAGUGCUUAGUUUUUCUUUCAUUCAGCGGUGAUGAUAAGAUACUAUAUUUUUUUGUUAUCAAAGUUAAGGUUGUGCAUUAACUAUAAUCUUUUUCUGUUAGAUUAUUGAUCAAAGGUGCAAUAAUUGUACCUUUAUGCUACUCCUUGAAUUAUGAGUACAUUUUGUAUUUUUUUGUCACUCUGGAAGCUAAAAAAACUGUCAGCAAACUGUUAGUAUGUUGGCUAACAGUUAGAUGAAAGGAUCAAUAAUCUUUUUUUCAUUUUUAUCUUGGAUUAAAGUCAGGAGAAGUGUUUGGGGUACUACUGCCUUACAUAUUGGACAUGGGAAUGUGUAUGUCCCACUCCAAAGAAUAGGUUUUCAAGCAGUCUACUCUGGGAUACAGUAUAGAAAUCAGAGAAUUUGUGUCGUAAAUAGAGUAUUAUUUAUGGUAGAUUGAUCAAUGGUGUGGUGAUUUGGACCUUCUAGUACAAGAUAGUCUGAGAUACGGUAGUGAUGUAAGCUAGGGGUUCUAGGAUCCCAGCAGCCCAUGGUAGAGUACCCCCCCCCCAUACUGGAAGGGGUUAAAGUUCAGACAGUAUGGUAUGUUGCUGAUAAUGAUAAUGAUAAUAAUGAUGAUAAUAAUAAUAAUAAAUAAAUAAUUAUAAUAAUAAAAUAAAAAAUAUAAUAAAUCUUUUUUUGAUAACAAAGCUAACUAUAAAAUCCUAUUUAUUAUUAAUUUUUCUUUAAAUUAAAAUGAUAAUAUUAAUAAUAAUAAUUAUUAUUAUUGUUUACCCUUGGUAGUAUUUAUAACACAAAGCUAGUGGGGCCAAACAAAUUAGUGUCUGCAGCAAAUGAUCUAAAUAAGAUGGUGAAGAAUCCAGUUUGCUGUUUACAAGCAUGAUCAAGGAUUUGAACUCAAAACUACAGUGAGCAAAUUCAGCUAGCAGUCAGGGCAGGAAUUGAACCCAGGCCUCAAGAAUGCAAGUCCUGGCCCCUGUUGUUCGAACGUUGGAUAGCGCUAUCCACAGGAUAUAUCACUAGCUAGCGGAUAAGUAUUGGGGAAACUAUUUGCACUUUCCACUGGAUAGAGAUUUAUCCAUGGGAUAGUACUAUCCAGCCUUAGCUUCGAACAGCUAAGACCAGCACUCUGACCACUCAACCAUGCUUCCUUCUUUUCCUUAUUAGGGAGAGGAACGUCAAUUGAAGCAAUGCUAGCGCAGAAGAAAAAAGAAAGAAUGAUGGCCAAGAAACAGCAACAAGCAGACACAAGGAGCAAAAGGAUGGCUUUUAAGGAACAAUUGGAAGCUCAGUCACCAAAAGUGUAUGUGUUGAAACUCCAUCUCAGAGCUCAAAUGCAGCAUUACAGCACAGUGUUACAUAUGACAUACUUAUCAAUAUAUUUCCUUGAAUAUGUGACUAGGUGCUUAUUUAAAUUUUUUGGCAAAAAGUGGGUGGGGGUAAGAAGAAUAAGCUGUCACGAGUUCAUUCUAGAUGCAGUGACUAAAAUCACCGCAACCUAGGCUAUAUUUUUCCAUUUUUUAAUACUAUGUGUAUUUUGCUCACCCGUGACAUUUUUAAUGUGACAUAUUUUAGUGAAGGAAGUGGACGCAGCUUCCAGACUGGAAAUGCUGCCAUAAACUCUCUGCAGGAAUGGUGUCGCAGAAGAACCAAGUAUCAUGAGGUUAGGCAAUAUCAUGUACACCAUGUUGUAACUAGUGCUGCUUUGAUUAUCCUUAAAAAUGUGCAAGAUUUACAUAUUCAUUCAGUAAUUACCAUAUAUAAGUGACAUUUGGUGUCCUCCAUUUUUACCGCGUUUGUUUAGCCUCUGUCAAUAUGUCAUAUGUAGGCAAAAUUUCCCAGUAUGUUGUCAUGUGUUCACGCUCUCCAUGAAGCGUUGCUGUGGGAAGUUUAGUAAAGGUUAAUGAAGUGAACCAAAAAAUGUAAUGCACAUGCAGGGUGGUUGUUUUGCUUGUAAAACCAAUUUUUUGUCCUUGUUGCAUUGAUAUUGUGGUGUCAUAAAAUGAUGUCUCUGACCAAUAAUCAGGAUUCGAAAUUGUGACUGAUAUGGCUGCCAAUGCGACUAACAUUCUGUCCUUGGUGACUGAAAGUUCUGUUGUAGUUGCCACUUUGAUGACCAGAUUUCUCUAUGAUUUAGAUUUAAAUUAACUGGGUAAAAUUAAAACAAACAUUUCAUCUUAUCUUGCUUUGCUUUUGUCAUAAAAAAUGUGCCAAAUUGCAUAAACAAAGCCAGUUUACCUCCAAAUUUAUAGCGACUUCUGUCUGUGAUACCGUAAAAUUCUGAAAAUAAGCCCCGGGGCUUAUAUUUUUCAAAGGCCCUUUUUGAGGGGCUUAUUUUUGGAGGGGCUUGUAUUUGGAGGGGCUUAUCUACAAAUUUGCGUUUCAAAAUCGAUUGGGCUAGCCUUAUGGCUUAUGGCCGUUUUUGCUUUGUUUUACUUUGUAUUUGAGGGCAAUUUUCCAAGUACAAGCCCCGAGGGGCGAUUUAACGGAGGGUUUUUUGCGUUACCGCUUUAGGGGGCUUAUAUUUGGAGGGUCUUAUACAUGGAGGGGCUUAUUUUCGGAAUUUUACGGUAUUUUCAAACAAUCAAAAGCAUCUGAUGGAUUGCGCCAUACCAGGUAUGAGCUGUGUCAUUUACAUUAUACAAACUGGCAACUAAAAAUUUGCAUAUGGCGACUGUAUUUCUCCAUUUUGUCGCCACUAGAGGAUUUUUUUAAUUUCUAUCAAGUCCUGGUAUUAUAAACAGGUUUUUGUCCUAUCCCUCAUCAAUCACUCUCAUUUUUUUUACAAAUUGUCAAGUAAAGGUGUGUCCUUGCAGCAUUAACAUUGAUUUUAGUAGGUCUUUAUUCUGAAUGUGACACCGUGUUUUUGUUAACUUCAGAUUUUCUCGUGUUUUAUUUGUAUACAGUUUGCUGCACAUGAGUUUAUACCAGCGAUAUUUUAUAUAUGUAGCAAUUCAUUUCUGCAGGGUAAAUAAGAUAAAAAAUAAUACAUUUACCUUUAAUCACAAUGUUUAAAUGUUCAUUUAGGGAGUGGAAAUUCAGAACUUUUCCUCAAGCUGGGCCAAUGGACUUGCUAUGUGUGCUCUGUUGAAUUACUUUCUACCAGACAAGAUACCUUAUGAAACUCUCAAUCCUAGUGACAAGAGAGCAAACUGGGCUCUUGCCUUUAAAGUGGCGAAGUGAGUAUUUUAUUAUUUAUUUCUUCGGUAUAUAAUUCAUAGAAAGAUUAUUUUUGGCUCUGCUGUCACUCUGAUGUAGUUAACUUUUUCAGUCAAAAUAAGUUUGAUUGAAGUUUCUCUCUGUCGCUUCAAGUUUGUGAGUGAAAUUCUAUGAUGCUGCCAUUUGAAUGAACCUCUCGUUGGCUAGGUUCACACUAGAGGAGAUUUUUACAUAAUUAUUCUUGACAAAAAGAUUUAAACUUUCAUCCAUGAUUUAUUUCAUAUACAUAUAUAUAUAUAUAUAUUGGUAAAUGGCUCGACUGUAUUUUAGCAAAGGGCUAGACCUAUUCGUGGUUCAAAUGACCACAAGAUGGCAGUCCUGUCUCCAGAAAAAAAAAUUGUCCAGAAUAAAACAGAAUAAAAAGAAUAAAAAUGUUGAAUACGAUUGGAGCUUUGGAGAUUAGAGUUCCAGAAUAAAAAUAUUGUUCUUGAUUGGAGCUUUCAUGCUUAAUACAUUGACACUCAAAUAAAGUUUGUUUUCUGUUUACUUUGUUUUUUAGUAUUUUGGUACUAUUAAUUUUGUUCCAGCACAUGAAUCUGAAAUAAGAACAUGCCAGUUCACUUGUGUUUUUUUGGGAGAUAUUUGAAAUCUGGAAUCUCAAGUGACAAGAUUGUAUCUAAAUAAAUAUUCCCAGAUAAACUGAUUUGUAAAAAAUGCUUUUGAAUUUGAAUACCCUACAUGUACUUGUAAUAACCCCAGAAACCUCUAUGAAUCCAGAAAUUUCUCCUAUGGUGGUAAUUCAGCCUUUGUAAGUUGUCACUUUUGAAAUGAAAGGUAUGCAAAGAUAACCAAAUCAGUGUGGGUCAGUGGUAACGUCUUGUCAUGGGGUUGGGGUCUAGGGGAAUGCUGCAUGCUUUUGGUUUUUAGUUUGCUUCCUUGUUUUCCCUUUCUAUCCCCCCUCCCUGAAUUCUGUGUUCUGAGGUGAGUUUUGUUUUCAAGUGACGUUUUGACAGGCGCCUAAAGAUUUUAACUUUUUAAGUUGUUUUGAUGCAUGCGAAAUUAACUUGGUUUAAUUUGCUGUUUUAGUGAAGAGGGAAUCGAGCCAUUACUGGAAUUGGAAGAUGUUAUGGCAUUAGAGAAUCCAGAACCUAAGAGUCUUAUCACCUAUGUCCAUUUUAUUUAUCAACACUUUAAUGAGAAACAGCAACAGCAAAAGAAGGCAUAGAUCCUUGACUCUUGGCAAAAUAUUGACAACAUGCAUGGAAUCCAUUAUGAACUUCUUGUAAUCGACCACUGCUGUUAGUAUCCUUUUUGAGUCAAUGCAAUCCUGAAGCCAUGAUCUCAAAAUGCAGAAUGGUUUUCCAUUAUAUUUUUUAUGCUACAAAAGUGAUUGCAAAAUUUGCACGCUUUUCACAAAUAAUUAAGGCUUUAUGAAGUUUGAGUGAUAAGAGGUGCAUGGACAUAAUGACUCUUUAGGCUUGAUCUCAACUGAAAUUCUCCACAAUUUUAGUUUUAUUAGACUUUGUUAAAGUUUGAUUAAGGAAUUUGAAAUGAUAUUUCAUUUUAAUAGCUUGUAGCAAGGUAUGAAAGAGUUUGCUUUACAAAGAGACUGUAAAAUGUAGAAAUAUACAUUUGUAGUAUAGAAUUAACAUUAAAUUUGACGUCAGGGUAUGCAGAGUUUAUUUCCUUCAGCCCAGCAGCAAUAACAGUAAUAUCUUGUUGAGCACCAUUACAAAGUCUGUGGGCCAACAUCAGUGAAUUAAUUGUUGGCAUAAUAUAUCCUUUCUUAAAAGCAAACCUGGUCCUUCUAAAUAAGUUAAGUUUCUCUAGUCAGUAUGGUAGCUUUUGUAUCAUUAAUUGACGCGGUGUGCCUUCUUCAUUUAACUUAUUUCAAUGGGCACUUUAAGCUAAGUAAGUUUGCACCAACUACAGUUUAUCAUGGUGCUUUUUGGCUUUUCAGUUUUAUCAUAAUGGGACUUGAAAUUUGUUAUUUUUUGCAUAUUCAGGAAUUUUUCAC